GAAAUAAUAGUCAUGGCCAAGGAUUUUCAAUAAUGGGUGGUGGGAAAACGUUUAUUAAAGAACUGCCGUUUCCCGAAAAACGCACAAAUUCGCAAAACAAGUUACGUGAGAAUUGCUCGCAACCGUCCGCAAUUUCAUUUCGAAAUUCUUGCUCAAGUGAUAUUGCAAAACAGCUAUUGAAGUCGAAAUGCAGAUUGCCUUCGGUUUUCUGUUCUUGUGUACGGUGGUUUGUGUAAAUGCGCUUACGCCCGUGGAGAAAUGUCCAACAGGAAAAUCCCUUGAAGAUUAUAAACUAACCGCAAAAAUUGGAAACUGCAAGAAAUCCUCUUGUCGACUGAAAAAGGGCCGCUUGGUAGUGAUAGAAUUCAGAUUCACAUCAGAUCGCAACGUUAAAUCUUUAACGAACGAAGUGAGCGCCUACAUUGCAGGACUUCCAUUCCCUUUCAUUGGGGUGGACAACACUCCAGCAUGCGAUAACAUUUACGAAAGUGAUGGUAGAACGAAGUCGGGUUGCAAGCUGGUGGCUGGACAAGAAUACGUCUACAGAUCACCAAUAAAAAUUUUGGAAAUUUAUCCUUUGAUUAAGCUGCGAGUCCAUUGGGGUUUAAAAGCUGACGAUGGAAACUAUGUUAUGUGUUUCGAAGUUCCUGCGUCAAUAGUGAGUUAAGUAUGUCACGAGUUCGUGAUAAUGGUUUUGUUUUAAAUUAUAAUUUAGCAUUAACACUAUCCUAUAAUUAAAGUGAUAUUAGAGAUAAUGUUUUUGUAGCUGGGUGUAGUAGGUAUGUUAAUCAAUGUAAAUUAUUGGUGACAUGAUAAAGUUUUUGUAAAUAUGUAAAAUUAAAAUAUAAUUUGUUUUCAA